AUUCUAGACAAGCUGAUAUUUUCAACCGCUCUUCAAAUGAUUUUGGUGUUUGCAACAUGGCUUCAAACUUCACCAUCAGCCUGUUGCUCCUUGCCUCAAUCGCAUGCCUCGCCAAAGGCUGCUGUCCUGAGAAGUUCAUGCAGGUCGGCGACCGCUGCUACCACUUCAGCUCCUACAAGAAAACAUGGUCCGAUGCGAAUCGUGAGUGCGAAGAUCUGGGGGCGCAUCUAGUAAGUUUCCACAGCUCUGCGGAGAGUGAAGACGUCUAUGACCUUUGGAAGAGUUUCACCGAUGUGAGUUACGCCGAUGACGGAAACAGGGCCUAUUGGAUUGGCCUAAAUGAUAGGGAAUACGAAGGCUCAUUUAAGUGGAGUGAUGGGACCAGCGUCGACUACUACCACUGGCAGUCCGGCGAACCAAACAACGACAGGGGAGAGGACUGUGUGUCUCCACGUAAUUAUGGUAGCAGUGACUAUGACAGACAAAAGUGGAACGACUACGACUGCGACGAAAAUAAGUCCUUCUUCUGCUACAAGCCUUUCACCUCCUAA